CUCUUUCUUUCCUGCUCUCUCUCUCUCUCUCUCUGUCUCGUCUCAUGUAACUGUUCGCAACGUUGCUUCUUUCGUGUCCAUCGGAACUUUCUGGGCCAGAUCUAUUCAUCAGUGAAGACAAUAGCCGGUCAUUAAACAAGUAUUAUAGAUCAUGUCUCCUCCAACGUACAACGACCUAGGAAAGAGAGGCUAUCACUUUGGUCUGUUUAAACUAGAUGUGAAGACCAAGACUAAUUCUGACGUAGAGUUCUGUUGUGGCGGUGUGUCUAAUCAGGAUACCGGAAAGGUGUUCGGUAACUUGGAAACUAAGUACAAGUUCAAGGAAUAUGGAUUAACGUUUAGUGAAAAGUGGAAUACUGACAAUACCCUUGGGACCGAAGUCACCCUUGCUAAUAAGUUGCUCAAUGGUCUCACAGUUGGUUACAGCUGUACUUUCUCUCCACAAACCGGCUCCAAAACCGGAAAACUGAAGACAACUUAUAAACAUGAAAAUGUAUCUGCGAAUGCUGACUUUGAUCUUAGUUUGUCUGCUGGACCUUUAAUUUAUGCCUCGGCCGUCGUGGGUUAUCAAGGAUGGUUGGGUGGCUAUCAGGCAUCCUUUGACUCGCAGAGAAACAAACUCACAAGGAAUAAUUUUGCUCUUGGAUUCACUGCUUCUGAUUUUACCCUUCAUAGCGCCGUGGAUAAUGGUCGUGAGUUUAAUAGCUCCAUUUACCAUAAAAUCAAACCGGAUUUAGAAGGGGCGAUUAAUUUGACAUACAAUUCCACUAAUAAUGUAACACAAUUUGGUAUUGGCGCAAAGUAUAAUCUUGACAGUGAUGCUAGCCUUAGAGCCAAAGUGAAUUCUAAUCUUCAAAUAGGUUUGGGAUAUCAACAGAAAUUGCGGAAUGGUGUAACUUUGACGCUUUCUACAAACAUUGAUGGAAAGAACUUUGGUUCUGGUGGCCACAAAUAUGGUGUUGCAUUAGAUCUUCAGGCUUAAAUACGCAUCUUAUGACAAGCAUCACUUGUAAAGUAAUGCUUAUUAUUUUAAAAAAAAGCGAAAAAUUUAUCCCAUAAUAAAUAUUUUAUGACCUUUGUGUCAUAAAAAACCGGCGUGACAGUACAUGCUUCAAAUAAAGUAUUAUCUAUAAUAUGUA